UCACAUGACCAGUGAAGUGUACACAAGGUCUCACAGUGCAGGGAGAAGAUACAGACUCCAUGGUGGCUGAGCCAGGACCCCAGCACUGCUACCCACUGAGCCACCCUGCUGCCCAGAGCCUGGACUGGAGGAGUGAAGGGUACAAGACUCUCUGAGUCUUUUUUGUAAGACAAUGAUCCUUUCCACCAGUGACCAACCAUGGAUGGAGAAGGACACAGACUUCAUGGCUUCAAGAAUAUUGGACCUCGCCCUUGAGAUCAUCCACUUGAUAACUGGAGAGGAUUACACAGUAGUGAAGAAGUCGUCUGAUGAGUGUGUGACACCCAGUGUGUCAGGAGGACAGAGCAGGACCCAGAGCCCCAUCACCGAGCCUCCACCUCAUUCACUGAUACAUGAGCAGAAGAUCCUAGAACUUACCAACAGGAUCACUGACUUGCUGAGCGGGGAGUUUCCUAUAAGGUGUCAGGAUGUCGCUGUGUAUUUCUCCCUCAAGGAGUGGGAGUAUUUAGAAGGACACAAGGAUAUGUACAAGGCCGUCAUGAUGGAGAAUCAUCAGCGCCUCACAUCACCAGAUGGAUCCAGUCGGAGAAAUCCAAAUGUUGCAUUGGAUCAUCAUGAACUUAAGGUGGAGAAUCACCAGCUCUUCAUAUCACCAGAUGGAUCCAGUCAUAUAAAUCUACCAGAGAGAUGUCCUAGUCUUCUGUAUUCCCAGGAUUGUCUAGAGGAGAAGCAGAAUGUCCCACUGGAUCAUCAGGAAAGUGAUGGAAGUGUAAGGUCGAGUGGCCUGGAGACCCCCACAUCAGUGUCGGUGAUUGGUGAUGAUGGUACGAGAGCCUCCGAUGGACAUUUUUUAUCUCCCAGUUGUGAAGUAGAAGAAAAUCAAUCACAAACUGGCAAAAAUCAACUGGCUGAAAUGUUUGCUUGUUCUGAAUGUGGAAAACAUUUUAAAGAAAAAUCUCAUCUUUUCACACAUGAGAGAAUUCACAAAGAUGAACGUCCAUUUUCAUGUUUAGAAUGUGAGAAAUCUUUUACUUGGAAAUCAAGCCUUAUGCAUCAUCUAAGAAGUCACACAGGGGAGAAGCCAUUUUCAUGUUCAGAAUGCGGAAAGUGCUUUACCACUCACUCAAAUCUUCUUAUGCAUCAAAGAUUGCACACAGGAAAGCAGCUAUAUUCAUGUUCUGAAUGUGGAAAAUCCUUCACAGCGCUAUCAAAUUUUCUUAAACAUCAGAGAAGUCACACAGGAGAGAAGCCGUUUUCAUGCCCAGAAUGUGGGAAAUGUUUUGCCUAUAACUCAAGUCUUGCUGAACAUCAGAGAAUUCACACAGGGGAGAAGCCAUAUUCAUGUUCAAACUGUGGAAAAUGCUUUACAACUCAAUCAAAUCUUCUUAGACAUCAGAGAACUUACACGGGAGAGAAGCCAUUUUCAUGUCCUGAAUGUAAAAAGUGUUUUAGUCAGAAAUCAAAUCUUACUAAACAUCUAAGAAGCCACACAGGAGACAAGCCAUUAUCAUGCUCAGAAUGUGGAAAAUGUUAUACUCAGAAAUCAGAUCUUGUUAAACAUCUAAGAACUCACACAGGAGAGAAGCCAUAUUCAUGUCCUGAAUGUGGGAAAUGUUUUAGUCAGAAGUCACGUCUUACGGAGCAUCUGAGAACUCACACAGGAGAGAAGCCGUAUUCAUGUUCUGAAUGCGGGAAAUGUUUUAGUCAGAAGUCACGUCUUACGGAGCAUCUAAGAAUUCACACAGGGGAGAGGCCAUUUUUAUGUCCUAAAUGUGGGAAGUGUUUUAGUCAGAAAUCAUGUCUUAGGAAUCAUGUAAGAACUCACGCAGUUGAGAAGCCAUAUUCAUGUUCAGAAUGUGGAAGAUGUUUUGCCCAAAGGACAACUCUUGUAUAUCAUCUAAAAACUCACAGAGGGGAGAAGCCAUUUUCAUGUCCUGAAUGUGAUAAAUGUUAUAGUCAUAAAUCACAUCUUAUGGACCAUGUAAGAACUCACACGCCGGGGCAUAGCAAGUUCCUGCUCUGAAUCUCUCACAUAUCUCCUGCAUCCUGCUGCUCACCACCACCACUCAGGCUCCAACUGUUUACCCUGAUUCCUUCUUACCUCAGGCACCGGGUAUGACUCA